AAAAACUCUCAGAGUGUUUCGCCCUAGCUAGCUCACCACACAAAAAUAUAUUAUCAAUCUCACUGUAGCAAUUUGCGUGGCAUCAUAGUCAAGUUUCUUCUCAAGACUUCGCAACUUUUUAACUUAAAUUACCAAAAAUUACAUGAGGAACAAAAGAUUACCUCUGGAAUCACCGGACCCGAAGUCUCUAGAGCAGCAACAAGUCAGGAAAAAAGGCAGGGGAGAGAGAAAGGAGCAGCCUAACGUUUGUAUUGUAGAACAAUAUGCUGUAGCGCACCGUUUCAUUCCAAUUCGUUCAGUUAAGGGGUCAUAAACGCGGCCGUUUCAUGAUGGGAUGGCAAAAUGGUAAUUUCGAAGUAAAUAAUGGGUCAUCUCAUUCUCAUCUAACGUGGCUACACUGAACGCAGCGACUGGACUGAAAUCGGUGUUGCUGAAGGACGAAGCAAAGGGAGCGUGUUUUUGACAAAGAAGAAGGGAAAAACACUUAAAAAGAGUGCAAAGGAAGAGAGCUCAUAAAAAUAUAGGAGAGGUCGUGAAUUAUUGACUGUUGUUAGUUUGGAUUAAUGGAUUUUGUAUCUCUGUUUCUUCCAUUUUUCGUUCUGAAAUUCGUGAUUAAAUUAAAGUACCCCAACUCCAUGAUCAUUAGAAGUCUCUUCCACGAAACCAUCAUUCGCCACUACCACCAUAAUCAUCAUCAACAUUGAUCAGUUCCCUCUCCGUAACCUCUUUUCUUCCUCUAUAGACUACUAGUUUCUGCAAUUUUAUCUCCACGCUUCCAUUUUUAUUUCUUGUGUAUACUUCACGAAACCAACAACCCCAUUUGAUUUUGUGUUGUCUUUUUCUUUAUAUUUCAAUUAUAGUUGGUCCCUUCUUCACUGUCAAGCGUCGGAGAAACCCAUCUAAUUAAUCUACUGCAUUUAUUCAGUAUUGACAGCCCACCUCUUCGCUAAUUGUCCAGUGGAGCCGGACGUGGUAUUUAAAUGAGCCUUUUGAAACUGAAUUGAGUUGUGGUGUCUCAUACUAUUAUUCAGUUUGCAAAAAUGCCAGCUCUAGUCUCAGUUAAAACCCCAUCCAAGACAACGCCAUUGCACAGUUCCCUUCCUCAAAACGACGAUCAAAUCUAUAAAAACGACAUCAAAACACCAUCUCCGCUUCUAAAGCGAACCCCAUCGCCCUCCUCCUCCAAAAAGACCCCAAAUAAGCUCCCCGUCGACGAAAACCCGGAUCUGGGUCCCUUUUUCUUAAAGCUCGCCCGAGAUACCAUUGCUUCCGGUGAUAACCCGAAUAAAGCCUUGGAUUAUGCGUCGCGUGCGUCAGUAUCGUUCGAAAGGUGUUCGGGUUCGGGUCUGGAACUUACCAUGAGCUUGCACGUGCUAGCAGCUACUUACUGUAGUUUAGGCCGGUUUGAGGAAGCGGUUCCGGUUUUAGAACGUUCCAUUGAGGUCUCGGAUCUUUCUCACGGGUUGGAUAAUGCGUUGAUGAAGUUUUCAGGAUACAUGCAGCUGGGUGACACGUAUUGUAUGUUGGGGCAGUUGGAUCGGUCCAUUUCGUGUUAUGAGUCGGGUUUAAAGAUCCAGAUUGAAGCGCUUGGGGAUUUGGAUCCUAGAGUUGCAGAGACAUACAGGUAUUUAGCCGAGGUCUAUGUUCAAGCAAUGCAAUUUGAUGAGGCAGAAAAGCUGUGCAAGAAGAUCCUUGAAAUUCACAGGAAGCAUAGUGCACCGGAUUCUCUUGUAGAAGCAGCUGAUCGCCGGCUUAUGGCCCUUGUCAACGAAGCUAAGGGAGAUUAUGAAUCUGCGCUUGAGCACCUUGUCCUUGCUAGCAUGGUGAUGAUUGCUGGUGGUCUGGACAAUGAGGUUGCUGCUAUUGAUGUCUGCAUUGGCAACAUUUAUGUGUCUGUUUGCCGCUUUGAUGAAGCCAUUUUUUCCUACCAAAAAGCCCUAACAGUUUUCAAGUCUACCAAAGGUGACAACCAUCCUACAGUAGCAUCAGUCUUUAUCCGCCUAGCAGAUUUAUAUCACAAGACAGGCAAGCUAAGGGAGUCCAAGUCCUACUGUGAGAAUGCCUUGAGAAUAUAUUUGAGACCAGCUCCUGGAACCACUACUGAGGAGAUUGCUGGUGGUUUGACAGAAAUCUCAGCUAUUUAUGAAGCUUUGAAUGAGCCUGAUGAUGCACUGAAGCUCUUGCACAAGGCAAUGAAGUUACUGGAAGACAGGCCAGGACAGCGUAGCACGAUUGCAGGAAUAGAAUCACAGAUGGGGGUUUUGUUUUACAUGGUUGGGAGGUAUGCGGAUGCUAGAAUCUCUUUUGAGAGUGCUGUAGCAAAGCUUAGGGCCUGUGGGGAGAGUAAAUCAGCCUUCUUCGGAAUCGUGUUGAACCAAUUAGGAUUGGCUUGUGUGCAACUGUACAAGAUAGAUGAGGCAGCUGAAUUGUUUGAAGAAGCAAGAGUGAUUUUAGAGCAGGAGUGUGGCACAUAUCACUUGGAUACUCUUGGCGUGUAUAGCAAUCUUGCAGCAACUUAUGAUGCAAUGGGCAGGGUAGGUGAUGCAAUUGAGAUAAUGGAGUACAUCCUUAAGGUAAGAGAAGAAAAGCUUGGGACAGCAAAUCCAGAUGUUGAUGAUGAAAAGAAAAGGCUAGCUGAGCUCUUGAAAGAAGCCGGAAGGGCUAGGAUCAAGAAAGGAAAGUCUCUUGAGAAUCUGCUUGAUUCCAACUCUGAGAGGAUAAAAAAGGUUACAAAGAGGAAGUCUGGAUUUGGUUUCAGAACUUGAAUCAGAAUCUCUUGUAAUGUUACAUUUAUACCACAGGAUAUGAUUAAAAUACCAAAUUAUGAUUUAAAUGAAUCUUUAAAAUGUCUCUUCCCUGAUAA